GAAGCAGAUCUGUUGCCUUGAAUCAGAUGGGUGUUUGGAUUAUGCCUUCUUGGGUGACUUUGUCCGUGCAGUGUGGAGCUCUUCUGCCAGUAAAUGGUUUUUCCCCGGAGUCAUGUCAAAUAUUUUUUGGAAUCACUGCCUGCCUUUCUCAGGUGUCGUCUGAAGACAGAAGCGCCCUGUGGGCUUUGGUCACGUUCUAUGGGGGGGAUUGCCAGCUGACCCUCAAUAAGAAAUGCACGCAUUUGAUUGUUCCAGAACCAAAGGGGGAGAAAUAUGAAUGUGCUUUAAAGCGAGCAAGUAUUAAAAUUGUAACUCCUGACUGGGUCCUGGACUGCGUAUCUGAGAAAAGCAAAAAGGAUGAAGCAUUUUAUCAUCCUCGUCUGAUUAUUUAUGAAGAGGAAGAAGAGGAGGAAGAGGAGGAAGAGGACGUAGAAAAUGAGGAACAUGAUUUCCACCAUGAGGGCAGCACAGAUGAAAAGUCGAGCCCUGCGAGCUCUCAGGAAGUGUCUCCUACAGGAGACCAGCCGCUUUCGCCCAAGUCACACACCGAGAAAUCCAAAGGGGAGCUAAUGUUUGAUGACUCUUCAGACUCUUCUCCUGAGAAACAAGAGAGAAACUUAAACUGGACCCCAGCGGAGGUCCCGCAGUUAGCUGCGGCCAAGCGCAGGCUGCCUCAGGGGAAGGAGCCUGGGUUGAUUAAUUUAUGUGCCAAUGUCCCGCCGGUCCCAGGUAACAUUUUGCCUCCUGAUGUCCGGGGUAAUUUAAUGGCUUCUGGACAAAAUCUCCAAAGUUCCGAAAGAUCAGAAAUGAUAGCUGCCUGGAGUCCAGCUGUGCGGACGUUGAGAAACAUUACUAACAAUGCUGACAUUCAGCAGAUUAACCGACCGUCAAAUGUAGCGCACAUAUUACAGUCCCUUUCAGCACCUACAAAAAAUUUAGAACAGCAGGUGAAUCACAGCCAGCAGGGACAUGCAAAUGCCAAUGCAGUGCUGUUUAGCCAAGUGAAAGUGACUCCAGAGACACACAUGCUACAGCAGCAGCAGACCCAGCAGCAGCAGCAGCAGCAGCAGCACCCGGUUCUGCACCUUCAGCCCCAGCAGAUCAUGCAGCUCCAGCAGCAGCAGCAGAUUUCCCAGCAGCCCUACCCCCAGCCACAGGCGCACCAGUUUCCACAGCAGCAGCAACAGCAGCAAGUCCAUCAGCAUCCGUUUUCACAGCAACAGCUACAGUUUCCACAGCAACAGUUGCAUCCUCAACAGCAGCUGCAUCGCCCUCAGCAGCAGCUACAGCCGUUCCAGCAACAGCAUGCCCUGCAGCAGCAGUUACAUCAGCUGCAGCAGCACCAACUGCAACAGCAGCAGCUCGCGCAGCUUCAGCAGCACAACCUGCUACAGCAGCAGCAACAGCAGCAGCAAAUUCAGCAGCAGCAGCAGCUCCAGCAGCAGCAGCUCCAGCGCAUACACCAACAGCAGCAGCAGCAGCAAAUGCAAAAUCAAUCAGCACAACACUUGAGUCAAACAUCCCAGGCACUACAGCAUCAGGUCCCACCUCAGCAGCCCCAGCCCCAGCCCCCGCAGCAGCCGCCGCCGCCACAGCAGCAGCAGCUUUUUGGACAUGAUCCAGCAGUGGAGAUUCCAGAAGAAGGCUUCUUGCUGGGCUGUGUGUUUGCAAUUGCGGAUUAUCCAGAGCAGAUGUCUGAUAAACAGCUGCUGGCCACCUGGAAAAGGAUAAUCCAGGCGCACGGUGGCGCUGUGGACCCCACACUCACCAGCCGAUGCACACACCUCCUCUGCGAGAGUCAGGUCAGCGGCGUGUAUGCCCAGGCAAUAAGAGAAAGAAAGAGAUGCAUCACUGCACACUGGUUAAACACAGUCUUGAAGAAGAAGAAAAUGGUGCCCCCUCACCGAGCCCUGCACUUCCCAGUGGCAUUCCCACCAGGAGGAAAGCCGUGCUCACAGCAUAUUAUUUCUGUGACUGGAUUUGUUGAUAGUGACAGAGAUGACCUAAAGCUAAUGGCUUAUUUGGCAGGUGCCAAGUAUACGGGUUAUCUGUGCCGCAGCAACACAGUCCUCAUCUGUAAAGAACCAGCUGGUUUAAAGUACGAGAAAGCCAAGGAGUGGAGGAUCCCCUGUGUGAACGCCCAGUGGCUGGGCGACGUCCUCCUGGGAAACUUCGAGGCACUGCGGCAGAUUCAGUACGGCCGUUACACCGCAUUCAAUCUACAGGAUCCCUUCGCCCCGACUCAGCAUUUAGUCUUAAAUCUUCUAGAUGCCUGGAGAGUUCCAUUAAAAGUGUCAGCAGAGUUGUUGAUGGGUGUAAGACUACCUCCCAAACUGAAACAAAAUGAAGUCACUAAUACCCAGCCUUCUUCUAAAAGAGCCAGAAUUGAAGACAUCCCACCUCCCACCAGGAAGCUCACCCCAGAAUUGACCCCCUUUGUGCUUUUCACUGGAUUUGAGCCUGUCCAAGUGCAGCAGUAUAUCAAGAAGCUCUACAUUCUUGGUGGGGAGGUUGCCGAGUCUGCGCAGAAGUGCACACACCUCAUUGCUAGCAAGGUGACGCGCACAGUGAAGUUCCUGACGGCCAUUUCUGUAGUGAAGCACAUAGUAACACCGGAGUGGCUAGAAGAAUGCUUCAAGUGUCAGAAAUUCAUUGAUGAGCAGAACUACAUUCUCCGAGACGCUGAGGCCGAGGUGCUUUUCUCUUUCAGUUUGGAAGAGUCCUUAAAACGGGCACAUGUUUCUCCACUUUUUAAGACAAAAUAUUUUUACAUCACACCUGGAAUCUGCCCAAGUCUUUCAACCAUGAAGGCAAUUGUGGAAUGUGCGGGAGGAAAAGUGUUAUCUAAGCAGCCGUCUUUCCGGAAGCUCAUGGAGCAUAAGCAGAAUAAGAGUUUGUCAGAGAUAAUCUUAAUAUCCUGUGAAAAUGACCUUCACUUAUGUCGAGACUAUUUUGCCCGAGGAAUAGAUGUGCAUAAUGCGGAGUUCGUGCUCACUGGCGUGCUCACACAAACGCUGGACUACGAGUCAUAUCCUUUUUGA